CUGUGAGAUAGAGAGAGAAAAAUAGAAACCCAGCUCGUUCUGUUCCAACCAAUCCAACGUAAGAAAAGAAGAGAAAUCCCAUCGUCGCUCGCCGUUAACCUGAUCGUCGCGAUUUCUCCCUCCCUCUCGCUUCGCUCUUCCCCCACCCACCCAUUCGCCGGCGCUCACCGAUUCUCCAGUUCAUAAUUCAUUCGUUGCCGGUUGUUUGCUUGCGUCGGCACAAAUUACCAGAUAGAGCGGCUGCAGUCGUUUCCAAUCCCCCUUUCUCUUACACCAAUCCUCACCCGCGCUUCAGCUUUCUCUCUCUGCUUGCUGGCUCUGCAAAUUCAAUACGGAAUACCAAGUCCUCGUUUCCUCACGCAGUUGAGGAUUAGCUAUCGUAUCUCCGAGAAAAAUGGGUAAAAACCAAGCUUACAAAGCUAUGCAGAGAUCAAGGGUUGGCUCAGGCUCUGGAGGUCCUGAAGAGGUUGAAGAUGGCAUGUACUGGAACAUUUCUGAUGAGGAGAGUCGCAGGUGGAUGGUUCUUUUCAUACACCAGAGUGGCAUGCUGCUCGUUUGGCUAGCCUCAACACUUCUCAUACAAUCACCUGGGAGGAGUACAAGAAGAAGCAGAAGAAUGAAGCAUAUGGAAGUUGCUUUAGUUGAAUCCUUACGUUGUGCCUUUAAAACAAAUAUGGUUCCUGGAACUUUGUUUGAGAAGUAUUCUUGCUCAGUGCUGUUGUUACUGGACAAGGUUCAGGAAGACGAGCUGAGAAAAGGCGAGCUGGAAAAAGAUACAGAUAGAAUGAUGCGUGAGUACAGAGCCCAGCUGGAUGCCGAAAGAGCUAACAAGCUUGCACAGGGGAGGAACCAUUCGAGUAGCAAGUCUAAUCACAAAAAAGAUUCCAUUGCAGAUAAGAAGGAAAAAGAUUCGAAGAAACAGCGUGGCAAAAAGAGAAAGCAUUCCAGGCAUAGAUCUUCAGAUUCCAGCUCUUCCUCCGACGCCUCAAGCAGUGAUGACGAGAGAGAUUCAAAGAGGACGAAAUCGAGAAGCAGCAGCAGCAGAAGAAGCAAGAAGGAGAAAAGGCACCGGUCAUCAUCAUCAAGAAGCAAGCGUUCAACCAGCGACAACGAAAGUGCAGAUGGUCCCGUUCCACUCUCUAGAUUCUUCGGCAACACGAAGAACUAGCCUCCCAGGUAGUAAAUUAUCUCACUGCUUCACAAGGGAAGCCAGACCCCCACCAUAUCCAUGUUUCGGGGGUGCCUUUCGAGUUCUUGCAGGCAGCAUGUGGAUCAUUUGCAGGUGCCCUUCUCGCCCCGAUUAUGUCCUUCCAUAUAUCGCAUUCCUCGCCUUUCCAUGACUGUGUUAUAUACAUUCUAAGUUCAGCCGAAGGGCGCAACUAUAUCUGCUGAUGAGUACAGCUCUUCAGUUUCAUUUCAUCUUUGUAAUAGCACUAACUCAUGCUUAAUGGUAGUAUUUCGAUUCUGUUGAAUUUGUGUGAGAUUCAUUCCAGUCAUGCUCUUCAAUUUUUUUAAUUUUUUUUUAAUGAUCAGAUGAAACAAAAAAGAAUUGCUAUUAUU